AUGUGCUCCACCCAUGGUCCCAAUAUUGAGGGAUGCGCGGCCAAUGGAUUUAUAGUGAACAAUGAGGAUGUGGAAGGAGCAGUCCUGUGCGUCGGAAAUCUCUGCACUGUCUGGAAUGUGAAGAAGCGAGAAGACAUCACCCUUGACAGUGUCGCUCUUCUUGAUCUUAUCACCCCACCACCAGACUUGCUGAUCAUCGGUUGUGGCCGCUCGAGCAUGCGUCUCCCAAAGGCAUUCACCGAUGGCCUCUCGUCCAAAGGCAUCUCUGUGGAAGCCAUUGACACUGCAAAUGCAGCUGCCACAUUCAACAUACUGAAUCAGGAAGGACGGAAAGUUGCAGGAGCCCUGCUUCCUGUUGGCCUGUGA